AGGCGCGGGCCUUCUUCUCCUCCCGCUAACGGGCGGGCCCGCAGCCUCCCUCCUGACCUGGCCUCCGGCAGGACUCUGCUCCCUCCUCCGCCGCCCUCCGGCAGGGCUUCACCCUUCUCUCUAUGGGCAGAAACUGGUCCCCUCCUGCCCGCUGGACAGUUGCUGUGCGACUUGGACAGUAGAGGAGCGCCUCCCAAGUUUUCAUCCAACUGCCACCCCUAAGGCUUCCACCCUCCUCCCCUCAGAGAGGACGUUUGAUGCCGGGCCCCUGAGAUUCUCAUUGACAAGCCCCUCUGGGUCCCCUUGAGCAGAGCCCGCUGACCCAAUUGCCCACCUUUGCGGCUUUGAUGCCUAGCCAUGUCUGCCUCAUCCUCGGGCGGCUCCCCCAGGUUUCCAUCGUGUGGGAAGAACGGAGUAACAAGUCUCACGCAGAAAAAGGUCCUGAGGACACCUUGUGGCGCACCCAGUGUGACUGUAACGAAGCGAACCAUGAAGGACCGCUCUUCAACCCCCCCCUUACAUGUCCACGUGGAUGAGAACACUCCUGUCCACGUCCACAUAAAAAAACUCCCGAAACCAUCAGCAGCCAGCAGCCAGAAAUCUCAUAAGCGCGGAAUGAAAGGGGACACCGUGAAUGUGCGGCGGAGUGUCCGGGUGAAAACCAAGGUACCUUGGAUGCCCCCUGGAAAGUCAUCCGCCCGGCAUGUGGGAUGCAAGUGGGAGAAUCCACCUCAUUGUCUGGAGAUCACGCCACCAUCUUCAGAAAAGCUGGUCUCGGUGAUGCGGUUGAGUGACCUCUCUACGGAAGAUGACGACUCGGGUCACUGUAAAAUGAACCGUUAUGAUAAGAAGAUUGACAGUCUAAUGAACGCGGUUGGUUGUCUCAAGUCUGAGGUCAAGAUGCAGAAGGGUGAGCGCCAGAUGGCCAAGAGGUUCCUGGAGGAGCGAAAGGAGGAGCUGGAGGAGGUGGCCCAUGAGCUGGCCGAGACCGAGCACGAGAACACGGUGCUGAGGCACAACAUCGAGCGCAUCAGGGAGGAGAAGGACUUCACCAUGCUUCAGAAGAAACACCUCCAGCAGGAGAAGGAGUGCCUCAUGUCCAAGCUGGUAGAAGCUGAAAUGGAUGGGGCUGCUGCUGCCAAGCAAGUCAUGGCCUUGAAGGACACUAUCGGGAAGCUGAAGACGGAGAAACAAAUGACCUGCACGGACAUCAACACCCUAACGAGGCAGAAGGAACUUCUCCUGCAGAAGCUGAGCACAUUUGAAGAGACCAACCGCACCCUCCGAGACCUGCUGAGGGAACAGCACUGCAAAGAGGAUUCGGAUAAGCUGAUGGAGCAACAAGGAGCACUACUCAAACGGCUGGCAGAGGCGGACUCAGAGAAAGCGCGCCUGCUGUUACUCCUGCAAGACAAAGACAAGGAGGUAGAGGAGCUACUCCAGGAAAUACAAUGCGAGAAGGCUCAAGCAAAGACCGCGUCGGAGCUUUCGAAAUCCAUGGAGUCCAUGCGUGGGCAUUUGCAGGCCCAGCUCCGGUGCAAGGAGGCAGAGAACAGUCGCCUGUGCAUGCAGAUCAAGAACCUGGAGCGCAGUGGGAACCAGCACAAGGCAGAAGUGGAGGCCAUCAUGGAGCAGCUGAAGGAAUUAAAGCAAAAGGGAGACCGAGACAAAGAAACCUUAAAGAAGGCCAUCCGAGCCCAGAAGGAGCGAGCUGAGAAGAGCGAGGAGUAUGCUGAGCAGCUGCACGUGCAACUUGCCGACAAGGAUCUUUAUGUCGCUGAAGCUUUAUCCACUCUGGAAUCAUGGAGGAGCCGUUACAAUCAGGUUGUGAAAGACAAGGGAGACCUCGAACUGGAAAUUAUCGUCCUGAAUGACCGGGUGACAGAUCUCGUAAACCAACAACAAACGUUGGAGGAGAAGAUGCGGGAAGAUCGGGACAGCCUGGUGGAGAGAUUACACCGGCAGACGGCUGAGUACUCCGCGUUCAAGCUAGAGAACGAGAGGCUGAAGGCCAGCUUCGCCCCGAUGGAGGACAAGCUCAACCAGGCGCACAUCGAGGUGCAGCAGCUGAAGGUCUCGGUUAAGAACUAUGAAGGGAUGAUCGACAACUAUAAGAGUCAGGUGAUGAAGACCAGAUUGGAGGCUGAUGAAGUGGCUGCCCAGCUGGAACGCUGUGACAAAGAGAACAAGAUCCUUAAAGAUGAGAUGAACAAAGAGAUCGAAGCGGCCCGUAGGCAGUUCCAGUCCCAGCUGGCUGACCUGCAGCAGCUGCCCGACAUCCUUAAGAUCACAGAGGCCAAGCUGGCAGAGUGCCAAGACCAGCUGCAGGGCUAUGAGAGGAAGAACAUCGACCUCACAGCCAUCAUAUCAGACCUGCGCAGCCGGAUCGAACAUCAGGGGGACAAGCUGGAGAUGGCAAGAGAGAAACACCAGUCUUCCCAGAAGGAAAAUAAACAGCUGAGUCUGAAGGUGGAUGAACUGGAGAGGAAACUGGAGGCGACCAGCGCCCAGAAUAUCGAGUUCCUACAGGUGAUUGCCAAGAGGGAGGAGGCAAUCCACCAGUCUCAGCUCCGGCUAGAGGAGAAAACACGGGAGUGUGGGACCCUGGCCAGGCAGUUGGAGAGCGCCAUUGAAGAUGCUAGGAGGCAGGUGGAACAAACCAAGGAACACGCAGUCUCCAAGGAGCGAGCCGCCCAGAGCAAAAUCCUGGACCUUGAGACCCAGCUGAGCAGGACCAAAACUGAACUCAGCCAGCUGCGGCGGAGCCGGGAUGAUGCUGACCGUCGCUACCAGAGCCGGCUCCAGGACCUCAAAGAUCGCCUGGAGCAGUCAGAGAGCACCAAUCGCAGCAUGCAGAACUACGUCCAGUUCCUCAAGUCAUCCUAUGCCAACGUGUUCGGGGACAGUCCCUACACUACCUACCUGACCAGCUCUCCCAUCCGCUCCCGAUCUCCUCCUGCCUAAGGCUGCCGGUCUUGGGCCAGGAGCCCGGAUUGAUGCCAUGGGAACUGCGGAGGGGCCAAGCCAUAGCCGGAAAGCCUGUUGCUUUCCUCUCGCUUCCACUGACGAAGCGUGUUCAGGAUCUUGUCUGAGCUACUGGCUCCAGUAAAGGCCCUAAAGCAGCGGGGCGGAGGGUGGGGGUGCAGGAAGGACUUAGUUUUCGUUCCUCUGACAGAGUCACCUGAUGGAGAUUU